AUGUCUUUGGAAACAUGUGUCUCGUCACCUAAAUCCUUAGUGGUCAAGCUCCAGGCUCUCGCCAUUGCCCGCUCUGCAAGGGGCCUAGGAACCGGAACCGCGCUUGGUUCGCUAACUCACCACAUCUUCAGUCUGGUUUCCUCAAUGCUCCUACGCGUACUUUUACCGGCGUUUGUCCCCAACCCAGUGCCGCAUUACUCGGGGAAUUUAGCCGAAUAUAUGGAGAAUUUAUCAGUGAGGCGAUCGGUAGCAUGUCACCACUUGAACCCACCCCCGCCUCCUUACUCUGGAGGUCAACAGUCCCACUCGCGUCCCGCCUCAAGUUUUGGACGCACUCAUGACCCUGAAACCAGUGCCUUCGACUUCUUUGACGACUAUGAUGGCAAUCCCGAUAUACCGACUGUCGAUCUAACAGCUAAUGAUGAAUGCGAACGGCGGGUUUCUAACUGGAAGCAAAGUUUAGGGCAGGUGGCUUCUGCACAGAAACAAGAUGCUGGUGGUUACAAUAGUCUGCUGAUAUGCAUGUAUGCAUUUAGUUCUUCUCAAAUGAGAACACAGGAAACUUACGUGGAAUAA